AUGAUAACAAUGUCAGAGCCGUAUGGGCGCCAGGGCAAGCCGCAAAUGAUUCAGUACCUACCCACCUUUUUCUCUGUCAUUUAUUCCGCUGUCUAUUUUUUCCUCCUUGGCGGAGAGAAGAGGGGUGCUCAUGUGUGGUUUUUGCCGCUGCUGGGCAGAAAUACUUACGGAUAUAGACACAGAGACAGAGAGGUAGCUAGCUACCUGAGCGGUACUCUGUACUGUACAAUAUACCUCGCUUUGUGCGUACUUAUCUAG